AUGCGCAGUUUCAUUACCGCCUCGACUUUUUUCCUGCUGUUUCAACAUAGUAUCUCCACUCCAUCCAUACUCGCUACAACAGAAUGCUCUUUGGAUGUAAGCUACCCCAUCAAGACCAUCCUCGACGACGGUAAUCUCUUUGGCACCUGCGCCGUGGAGUUUUCGGGUGUUCACAUCGACAUUCGGUCACUCUUCGACGUACUCAGCUUCUCUAAACGCGAUUUCCUCCGCUUCUGCCGCGCACCGAGCUGCAUUAAACCCGUGAAGUCGCUGCUGCAAACCAUCCCGUCGGACUGCCUCAUCGUCUACCACGGAACAGCUCGCAAUUUAUCCGAGGAAGUCUCGGCACUCUACCACCAGUGUGCCCAAGUCGUUGGAACUGCGGACAAGACAGACGAAGACUACGUCUACAGAUACUUCCUGGACUAG